GAUAAACCGGAUGUAGCAUCUGGACUUCCCUGACUAACGCGCAGUAACCGGUCUUUCAACAAUCUAAUCCUUGACCCUUUCUUGGAAAGCGGUCGGAUUUAUGGUCAACAUUCGAUCUAGCACUCUUUCGGUUUAUGCUGGUGCAACUGCGGAGAACGUUGUCGCGGAGUCUGUCGAGUGUCGUGUACCGAGUCGCCCUUGCAAUGAAGCCGCAGGUUAUAUUCGUACUGGGAGGGCCCGGUGCUGGGAAAGGGACACAGUGCGCCAAAAUCGUGGAGACUUACGGUUACACUCACCUCUCGGCGGGGGACCUGCUUCGGGCCGAGAGGACGCGAGAAGGCUCUGAGUUUGGGCAGCUCAUUGACCGCUACAUCAAGGACGGCAGAAUCGUUCCCGUGGAGAUCACCAUCAACCUGCUGAAAAAGGCAAUGGAGGAGACCAUACAGCUGGACCAGGAGAAGUUCCGUUUCCUCAUCGAUGGCUUUCCCCGUAACCAGGACAACCUGCAAGGGUGGAACUCGGUAAUGGAUGACAAGGCCGACGUGAAGUUCGUCCUGUUCUUCGACUGCAGUGACCAGGUGUGUAUCGACCGGUGUCUGGAGAGGGGAAAAAGCAGUGGCCGCACAGACGACAACAGGGAAAGUCUGGAGAAACGGAUUCAGACUUACCUGCAGUCCACCCGGCCAAUCAUAGAGCUGUACCAGCGGCAGGGGAAGGUGCGCACGGUGGACGCCUCCCGCGGUGUGGACGAGGUGUUUGCGGAUGUGAAGGCUCUCCUGACUAAGGAGGGGUAGAACGUUGUUUCCUGGCAACCGGGUGCCGUCGCUGAUUGGAGCCGUCGAGUUCUCGCGCUCGGUGUACAUGUGUCUGUGCUCACGGCUCUAUUUUUGUAUGUGUUGAGAAUUGUUUUUUUUUUUUUUUGUUUUUUUUUUGUCUCAGUUAGUUUCACGUGUAAAAGUUGCAUUUUCUGAUGAAAGGAGUGUGUGUGUGUGUGCGCCUGUGUACGUGUGCGUGUACAUGCGUGUGUGUGUGUGUGCGUGUGUGUGGAGAAAAAGCGCGGUCUCACACACCUGGUACCAGGAAGAGUGAGAGUCCCCUCUCUGCACUGCCAUCACCUGUAUAAAUAGCUAUAGUUGAUCACACUUGUAGAAAUAACUGUAUUCCAUUGCACGUCUGUACAAAUAGCUGCAGUCCAUCACAUGGCUGUACAGAAUUGCCGUAGUCCAUCACACACCUGUAUAAAUAGCUGUGGUCUAAUACAUAUAUCAACAUGCGUGCUGGUUGUAGUGGAUGGUGACUCAUUUUGUCCUCGUCCUGUGUGAAGCUUCCAGCCGGCUGGUGGCACUCUGCGCAGAUCUGGUAGAAUGGUGGAGUCUCAUUUGCCAAACGGGGGUCAGGUGACCUGGUGCUGGGGGGCGGAGCUGAGCGGGGAGUCUGGGACAGGAGAGCCGGUCUCGGUUGAGCUGAGCUGCUUCCGGACAGCGUGCUACCGUUGUGCUGAUUGGACAGAGACACGGGUGGAGGUUUGGUGUCUCUGUCCAGUGUCUGUGAGGAAAUGCGUGUGUGUAUGCAUGUGUGUGUGUGUGUGUGUGUGUGUGUGUGUGCGUGUGUGCUUGAGCGCCUGCAACUCCUCAGACGAGGGCCCUGUCUCCUCAGUUUUUGCAGGUAUGUGGUAAAUUUUUAGGGUAAACAUAGGAGACAAACCUGCAGCAUGUAUACGUGUCACGGGCUGGGACAUGGACGACUGUGAAGGCCCUGGAGGAUCAGAAGGGAGGCCAGGCUGUGAUCACUCAGUAGGGCAGGAAUAGUCUCGACCCACGGGCCACCUCUGCUGUGGGCCAUCUCAAGCCAUCUCGAACCAUUGGCUGCCUCGAGCCAAUCUCGAACCACGGGCCAUCUCGACCCAUGGGCCACCUCUGCUGUGGGCCAUCUCAAGCCAUCUUGAACCAUGGGCCACCUCAAGCCAUCUCGAACCAUUGGCUGCCUCGAGCCAAUCUCGAACCGUGGGCCAUCUCGAGGCCUUGGGCCACCUCUACUGUGGGCCAUCUCGAACUGGGCCGCCUCGAACCAUGGGUCGCCUAAUCACAGCGUCCGCCGGACACCAGUGUUCUCUCCUGUCACUCACUGCAGCCCCUCUGCUUCCGGGUCCCCAGAAAGAUUAUUCUAAUUGUUUCUUGUGACUGGUGGUGAUGUCAUAGUGCGUAUUGCGGGUGGUUUAAAGUGAGCUUCUGCGAGACUUGUAUAACGAGUGAGCUUACUUGUGCAGUUUGAUUUCUGUCUCCUGUAGUCUCUCUCUGUUCAGUACAUGGAAACCUCUCUACCAGCGCUGCUGCUCAAAGUCUUUCUCUUAACGAGAUGGCGGCCCCGUGUUCAUCCAGCUCAAGGCACCUGUCGGCCAUUUUAAGGUGCUUACACUAAGUAGAUGUUUUAUUUUAACCGUUUAAAACAUGUUCAUGUUUCUGAAUUUUCAUUAUUCGUUAUGUGAGGAAACCUACAGAAGGCUAAUGUGGCUGAACAUGGAUUGUGGACCAGUUCGAUGUUAAACUUGAAUGUUUUUUUUUUUCUUUUUAAAGUACUUCCGGUGGAAGUGCAAAAAAGGAUCAUUUAAAUGUGCAAAUAUAUAUGAUCUUCAAUCCUACAAUCCUGUGCAUUUAUGAUUUAUUUUUCUAUAAUUAUGGAUGACUAAAAACCAGAGGGCUCUUUAUUUCCAAAACCGAUAUUUAAUAUUGAAACUCAAGGGUGCUUGCUGGUCUGCAGCAGGGGAUAGGCAACCCUGAUCCUGGAGUGGCAGCGAUGUUCCUUGUUUUCUUUCCAGCCCAGCUUGAUCACAAAGGUUUGAAGGAUUCUUUAAGGGUCUGCGAAAAAUAUCCAGAGCCUGAAUGGUUGAAACUGCUAAAAAAUACUUCCAGCACAUGGCCACUUGCGUUCAUUAAGUCUAAUAAUUAAUCCUGGUGUGCAGUUACAGGUUUGGAUGGAGCAAAAACCAGGAACCGCUCUGGCACUUCCAAGAGUGCGGCAGUGUAGUGUAACGGGUAAGGAGCUGGGGCCUCAUUUAUAAAAAUGUUCUUAGAUUUAUUUACAGCAAGAGAACGACGAGCUGCAGUUCACACAUGUCCAGCAGGUGGCAGUGUUGAUACGAUUUGAGUUCAUGUCCCCUGCAGGAAGCUGUCUGCUGUCCACAAAGACUGUAAUGCAGGGAAACUCUAAUCUGGUCCUUGAGGCCAGUAGUACUGAUACGUUUGCUUCUGUACCUGAGUGGGGUUUUGAUUAAUGUCACUUACUGGAGAGAGAAUCCACUUGCCUAAUCUCCCAGGUCUUAAUUCAGUCCCUGAUUAGAGGAGAGGAAUGAAAAGCAGCAUCAUAGCUGCCAUUUAGGGGCUGGAACUCAGUAUCCCUGCAAUAAUGUGUAUUAAAGUCAUGGUGUUAAAUGAUAGGCAGUACAGGACUAGGCUAAGGUACACAGCCUUUUUUACGGCUUAGCCAGGCAUCUCUCUGUGGUCUUACUCUAAAAUUUACACUCUGACCCCUGGAACAUAUUCAACAUUUGUAUGCAAAAUGUAGAAUUUUGUUAUGGCAGGCAGCAGUAUAAUACAGGUAUAAG